UCGGGGGAAGUCAGCGAGGGUUGUCUCGCCAGGGUGAUCGACAUGGGGAGGUUACAGCGCCGUCAGCAUGAGGCUGCCGGGGACCAUGUGCAGGACACAUUUUGGGUCCGCUACCCUGUCUAUCGGUACCUGGUUGUCGGUCAGAAGGUCGACAACAAGAGGGUCAUGAUGCUCCGUUGCACGUUUUGCAACAAAGUUUUCCAAGGGACCCAGUUUCAGGCCACGAGGCACUUCUCGCAGACAAACUACUGCAAGGACGUCAGCGACGAGGCGUUGUACGAGAUUGCUCGAUGGACUCAGCAGAAGUUUGAGGCCGAUCAGAUGGAGAGGGUGUCGAGGUAUGCAGCAGAGCGCGGACUCGAUGUGCCCGGCACGGGUGGUGCAAGGGGAGGAGAGGAGGGGCGGCGUCCGGCGGAGGGAGGGGUCGGGGGAGAUGGUGGGCAUGGUGUGGCAGACCCCACUUUGGGUGGUGGAGGCGGUGAGACAGAGGAGGGCGUGAUCCACGUGGAUCGCGAGGCGCGUGGCCCGGGUGACGAGGGAGUCCCGGAACGGGAGGACGUGCCUGAGGUUUAUCCAGGCACUGGGGAGAGGUUGGAGGACUGGCGGAGGCGAGCAGGCAAGGGAGCUGCAACGGAGGGGUCUUCCAAGAGGAAGGAAGGAGGGAGUGAUCCGGCUGCCACCCCAGCAGGGAAGAGGCUUCGGCAGCAGAAGGUGAGUGAUGUCUACGGUAGCGAGUGGGUUGCCCGCCACAAGAAGGCAUUCCUCCGCUGGUUGUAUUCCAUCGGGGUCUCCUUCAAUGCCUUCCACAACCAGGCGUGGAAGGCAUAUCAGCAGGUGUUUCUUGAGCAGCCUGGCAGUUCCCCGCGCGCAGUGCUCCCCAACCACUGCGAGAUUGCGAGUAUGCGGGCGGUGGAGACCCACCGUGCGGAGUUGGCGGAGGAGUUGGAGGAGGUGAGGCAGCCAUUCUGGGUGACUGGUGCCACCCUCCUCUCCGAUGGGAGGAAAUCACGAGACGGGAGACCGAUCGUGAAUUUCCUUGCUGCUGGCUCUCGAGGGGUCGUCGUGUACACGACGAUCAAUCGAGAGGGCGAGCUGGACGAUGCAUUGCACGUCCUUCAUAGAUGGGUUACCAUCUUCCACGAGUUCAGCUUUGGCGGGCCGCAUCGGAUCAAUGCGAUAUGCACUGACUCCGCUUCUGCCUAUGCUCGCAUACAGCACAUGCUUGAGCCGGCUCACUGCGCAGGGUUCUUACUGAACCCCCGCAGGCGACACGUUUGGUACUUUUCGGAGCAGGUGGAGAGGUACGAUGCUUGGCUUGUGGGGCAAGCCAAGAGGUACAUUUUGACGCAGACGAGAUUCGAGUUGGAGGGUGCGGAGUACAUCCUUGCAUGUCGGCAGUUUGAGGACUUCCACAUUCAGCAGGGGAGGUUCGAGGAUUGGGGCGUCCACGAGGGCAUUCACACGAAGAAGCGCAACCAGUUGGCCUUCGAGAAGGUCGUGCAACUCGUUGAGAUCACCGCAAAUGUGCGGUUGACUGAGUAUCGGCGGGAUGGAUGCGGUUAUGUGCUGCCAUGGCAGCGGGACGAGGGCAUGUUGGAUUGCCAGGCAGGACUCGAGUUGGAGCCUGUGCGCACGGGAACUCGCGGGGGGAUGACGGACGAGGAGAUUGCCCGUCAGGUUGCACUUAUUACCCGGGAUCCCAUCGGGGCAUCCGCACCACCCUCGGCUGAUGCCGUUUUCGAUAGACGUGCUUGCAUUUUUCGUCCCUACCCCAGGGACGACGACUCAGACGAGGAGCCGAUACCCGAGGCAGCAGAUGACCCUGCGCUCCGCAUUCCCCGGGAGAUCGACGAGACACACGAGGAUCCCGGCUCCGAGGACACGAGGACACAGAUUGCACGACGGGCGGCGGACCGGGCGGAGAGCGAGAUGCUGGGGGGAGACGAGGACUUUUGGGGCCCAUUCGGUGAGGUCGCUUCCACGGGCGGCCCAGAGGCGCAGGCGACGACCCCCACUCCGACGAGGCGGGAUUCGUCCAUGCCGCCACCUCCUGCUCCGAGUCCUACACGACGAUCGCCCGUCUCGCCACUUCAGCCGGACAGGGAGGAGUUGGGGUCCUCUUUGCCUCAGCGAGGCCUUCUCCACAGAGGCGGGGCAGAGGAGGGGGGACCUUCGGCAGCAGCAGUGGAGAGUUCGAUGGCACCAGCGGUUGUGUCGGACGCGACGAUUGCGGCCGCGGUGGAGGAGAUAGCAGCAGCAUCAGUGCUAGAGGAGAUGGCAGCAUCAGUGCUGGCGGAGGAUUCACCAGCGGCAGGAGGAGGUGCAGCAGUGGAGGGGCAGGUGGCAGCAGCAGGAGGAGCAGCUGCAGUGGAGGAGGAGAUAGCCGCACAGGCCGAGGUGCAGCGUGGGGGCGAUGACAAGCGCCUCAUGCAGCAGUUCCUCACGGAGGAGCUCGGUCCGGCCAUAGCGGGUAUGACCCUGGGAGUGGAGAGGGGGGUUGGGAUUUCAGAUUUGGAGAUGGGGACCCACGUAGACUUGGAUUUGUCAGUGGGCCUUCCACCCAGUUGCGGCGGGGCGACAUCGACGGAUCGGGCUCCAUCAAGGGACGAGGCGCCAGGCAGGACUUCGACGCAGACCGCCAGAGAGAGGACGACGACUCAGUCUCCAGAUGCAGCACACGACAUCAUGGAGCGAGAGAGGGCUAGACUUUUGGCAUCGACUGACCCUCGUGCUCAGGCCUUCGCACGGGCCGUAGAGGACGCCAGGCGUCUAGAGAUAGGAGGGGAUUGUGUGCAGGGUGGGGUGGUGGCGGGGGAGGACGUUGCGGAGGGAGUGGCAGCAAAGCCGGUACCCGAGGCUAUGCCAGGUGGAGCAGAGACAACGGACGUUGCUGUGGAGGGACGGACUCAAGCGGUGGAUGAGGCAGUGCAGGCAGGACAGCGACGAGUCGAGGGGGCUAUAGACUCACGAUGCGAGGGGCAAUCGACAGCGACGGGUCCAGUCAUUCCGUUCUCGGGCCUGCACUUGGCUCAGGCCCGACAGCCGCAAGCGGUUCAGAUGGCAGUGCAUGGUGUGCCACCGCCCGUUAUCACAGAUUUGGGGUCCGAGCCGGUGGUUGUGCCCCCACGUCUUCGUAGCCACUUUGCUCCGCAGGAGGUCCGUCGUCCUUUGGAUGCAGAGGAGUUGGCGAGAGAGGCUGUGCGCGAUGUUACUCGCUUGGACCGGCGGAUCUUUGACCGGAAGCUCGAGCACCCACCGUGGCAGUCGAUCCCUUCGGUUCCAUGGGGUCCUGCGUCGCCCGUGUGGUCUGGGUCUACCUCCACUGGAGGACAUACCGCGGGACAUAUUCCAGGGGUUUCGGAUGGCGUGACGGAGACAGCGCCACGCACAGGAGACACGCCACCCCCUCCUCCUAGAGCACCUGCAGGUGAUCCAUCAUCGUCACCCACAGGCAGAGGCUCUCGAUCCCCACACACGCCUGGGAAAUCUAGGAUUCGUGACACGACAUCAGUUCACCAGGACGUGUGUGACACGACGAUAUUCGGGAGGACAGAUAUAUAUUUGGAUUCCACCCGCCGCCUUCAGCCGGGCUUGGGAGGAGGAGGCGCUAGGACGACCACGGCGAGGGAGGUAAGGGCAUUAGGUUGUGAGCCUCAGCGAGGUUGUGGCAGAGGAGUGUCGACCGAUACCUUGGAGUACGCUCUGAGAGCAGCGACGCGUGCCGUGCAGGAGCAGACUCCACGCAAGCGUGGAGUACCUCCCCGUCCACGCCCCGUGCCUGCAGAGGGAGGCGCAACACUUGCAGAGAGUUCGGGGGCGGAGGGGUUGGGGAUGCCUCGUGGUUCCCGACGUGAGCAAACGAUUGCAGAGGCUAGUGCGAGGGUUGUUGUGUUGAGGAAGGGAGGAGGCCCAGUCACCAUCGAGGAGGAUGAUCCUGAUACGGAUGCGGCUGUGCGAAAUGCGGACGAGGACUACGAGGGCGAGAAGGAGGGAGAGGAGGAUAGCAGGAGCGGUUCCGAUGGUGACGACGACGACGACUACGAUGAGCCCCCACCUUCCCCAGGACCCUCACCGACGUGUGCAUCUAGACGCUCCGCUGCACGGACUUCUUCAUCCUCACGAGGGAGGAAGAGGUCGACAUCCGGCACUCGAGGGGACACGAGGAGACACAGCGGGAAGGGGAAGAAGGGUCGUUGACCGAUGAGGCCAACACUCCG